AUGGGAUAUCUCUCCAACUCACAGAGGGCAUGCUCUUGGUGGUCCUCGCUCAUGCGUGCAACUCUUCUACUCUUGUGUCCUUUUGUGCUCUCAUCUCCCCAAUCUCCUGCUAUCACCACCAGCACUGCAGCCUCCUUAGCCGGAAACAACAGCAAAAGCGUAAGCGACCACUCAGCUCUCAUUUCAUUCAAGUCCAAUAUAUAUGAUGGUCCAUAUGGGGCUCUGUCCUCCUGGGACAACAAGUCGCUUCAUUUCUGCCAGUGGCAAGGCGUCACAUGUGGUAGUCGGCACCCUGAGAGGGUCAUUGCUCUGGACUUACACUCCCUUGGCCUGGCCGGAACCAUAUCACCAUCCGUAGCCAACCUCACCUUCCUCAGAAGACUGAGUCUCCAAGAGAACAAACUCAACGGAUCCAUCCCUCAAGCGCUCGGCCAUUUGCAUCGCCUGCGACUUCUCAACCUAAGCGUGAAUUCUCUAGAAGGACAAAUUCCAUCCAGUCUUGGCAACUGCAAACAUCUGAGUUGGAUUGACCUAGGUGACAACCUCCUCAGCGGACAAGUGCCCCAUGAGUUGGGAUCACUUCCUCAACUUAUCGGCUUGAUCCUCCAAUGGAAUAAUCUUACAGGAGGCAUCCCAACAUCUUUGGCCAACCUCUCCUCUUUGGACACCCUCGACUUGCAGAAUAACAAGAUUGUAGGCGGCAUCCCACCUUGGCUAGGGAACCUGACCUCCAUCACCAUUUUUGUUCUUUCAAGGAACGCUCUGUCAGGGGGCAUUCCAUCUUCAUUAUGCCAUCUAACCUCUCUUGCUAGCCUCGAUGUAUCACAAAACCAGUUAUCAGGCAUGAUUCCUCCCUGUCUCUACAAUCUCUCAAGCAUCCGUGUCUUGAGUGUGAGCUUCAACAGUCUCGGAGGGACCAUCCCAUCUGACAUAGGUAGCACUCUUCCCCACCUCAUAAAUCUCGAGAUGGCCAAAAAUCACUUCACCGGACAUAUCCCUUCUUCAUUAUCCAAUGCUUCUGGACUGGUAGCCAAGGAGGCCGACGAUUGGAGCUUCCUCACUGCUCUAACCAACUGCAGCAAAUUGACAAAACUACAUCUCGGCUGGAACAACCUCUCUGGUGUCUUUCCCAAUUCCAUUUCAAACCUCUCCAGAGAUAUCCAGAUCCUUGUUUUUUCGCAUAACCAGAUAUCUGGAAGCCUGCCUUCAAAUAUGGGGAACCUGAAAAACCUGAUAGUACUUGCCAUGGAUUCAAACCUUCUCAAAGGUAAUAUCCCUGCAUCUCUUGGAAAUAUUAAUGCACUGCAUAAGCUGGAUAUGUCUGACAAUAAUUUCUCCGGCCAAAUUCCACCUUCACUCGGAAACAUCAGUCAAUUGAAUUGGCUCUCUCUGGGAGCAAACAUACUGAGCGGAAGCAUUCCAACCCACUUUGGAAACUGCAAGAACUUGCAGUAUUUAAAACUCUCCUACAAUCAGCUUACAGGACCAAUACCCAUGGAGAUUCUUAGCCUGUCUUCUCUAUCCCAACUCCUAGACGUAUCACACAACGCAUUACAAGGGUUCUUACCUUCAGAAAUUGGCAACAUGAUAAAUGUCAAUAGCCUCGAUGUUUCUGAGAACAGAUUGCAUGGCGAAAUCCCUGAUAACAUUGGCGAAUGCGUGGUCCUCGUAAACCUUAAUAUGAGCGGUAAUUUUUUUGAUGGGGUAAUCCCGAAAUCACUGGCCAAUCUAAAGGGCCUUCAAUUUCUGGACCUCUCAAGCAAUAACCUGUCCGGGUAUGUACCAGAAUAUCUCCAAAUAUUUCACUCGCUCCAGUUUCUGAAUCUCUCUUUCAACGACCUUGAAGGUGAGGUUCUGCUAGGUGGGGUCUUUGCAAAUACGAGCGCAUUUUCGCUUAUUGGAAAUCGAAAGAUCGGUGGUGGAAUUCAUGAACUGCACCUGCCACCCUGCCCCUCUACCCAACCCCAUGGGAAAAAACACAAAGCUGCUAUCUUGUCAGUGAUCAUCUCAGUUGCCAGUGGAGUUCUAGGCUUGACUCUGAUUCUCUUCUUCGUGUUACUUUACCGGACUCGAAAGACAAGAAUGAGACGUCCAUCCAUGGCUACCAUGAGAAUAGAACAUGUUAGAGUCUCGUACGCCGAAUUGGUCAGAGCAACUGAUGGGUUCUCUUCAACAAAUCUGAUUGGUGUUGGGAGUUUCGGUUCUGUAUAUAAAGGGGUCAUGGAUUGGGAUGAUAUAAAGGUGGUUGCUGUAAAGAUACUAAACCUUCAGCAGCAGGGGGCUUCAAGGAGUUUCAUAGCUGAAUGUGAGGCCUUGAGAAGCAUCCGACACCGGAACCUGGUCAAAAUCAUAACUGCAUGCUCUAGUGUUGAUUUUAGAGGUAAUGAUUUCAAAGCAUUGGUUCUUGAAUUUAUGGAAAAUGGAAGCCUGGAACGAUGGCUGCAUCCGGAAGUGAAUGAGCAAUGCCCGAUGAGGAAUUUGAAUUUAGAACAGAGAGUAAGCAUAGCCAUUGAUGUGGCUUCUGCACUGGAUUACCUUCAUCAUCACAGCCCGGUGCCAAUCGUGCAUUGUGAUCUCAAGCCGAGCAACAUUCUUCUGGAUGGUAACAUGACUGCCCGUGUGAGCGACUUCGGGCUGGCGAAGUUUCUCUCUGAAUCUACUAACUCAUUCUCCAUAUCUGCUAGCUUGGCGGCGAUAAAAGGAUCCGUUGGAUACAUCGCUCCAGAGUACGGUCUGGGAAGCCAAGUAUCAACCCGAGGAGAUGUGUACAGCUAUGGAAUACUUCUCUUGGAGAUAUUUACCAGAAAGAGACCCACUGAUGCAACCUUCAAUGAAAGCCUAGAUCUUCAUCGAUUUGUGGAGACGGCUUUUCCUACUCAAAUUAUGAACAUCGUAGAUCCGCAGUUGAUACGAGAGGAAUAUGAAAUUAUCAAUGGCAUACAACAGAGGUUCACUAAACAACACAGGAUACAAGAGUGCUUAAUUUCAGUGAUUAGCAUUGGUCUCCAAUGUUCCAACAAAUUACCCAAAGAACGAAUGCAUACGGGAGAUAUUGUAAAAAAAAUGACUGCUGCGAGAGAGAUACUUGGUGACGUCUAAAAUCACGGAGAAUGAUCCACAAAUAUUAGUAAGAUAUUAUGAAGCCUUACGCAAACAUACAUUAUAUGGCUGUUGUUACUUCCCAAAGCCGCUCGUCGUUGCUGUCGCUUCUUGUGCUCAUCCCCUUCGACCUGUUUUCAUUUUUCGGUUUGUCUUUUGUCUUUGCCUGCUAUUGUUUGAGGGGACCCUCUUUGGAUGCUCUACUAUCACAAGGCCAAGAGAUAUCGGGAUGAAAUGUUCCAUGGAUUUGAAAUGAGUCGUCAUAGUUGAACAAGUCUUGUGUUUUCCUUGACAUAUCGGAGAGGUCACUUUCUACCUUCAUCUUCCUUGGGAUUUAUAUAUUUCUAUCUCUUAUUAUGAUGCUUUUUAU